GAAGUGGCAAGCAGUCACCAUAGCAACGCGUCAAACUGAACAAGCCAAACCAAACGAUGGACGAGACUGAGAAAAAUCAAGAAAUACAGAAUGGCAGUGUUUCUAAUGACACUGUCGGUGACUUUGAAUGUAAAGAUGCACCCCUAGAAGACGACUGGACUAAGUUAGACAGGGAAGAAAGUUUGGAAACGACAGUGGAAGCUGUUAGGCAGCCAGCACAGGCCACAGUUUCCGAAGUCAGACCUGAAGCCGGACUUGAAGCCGUCGAUGACUUUUUACGCAACUUUCUUUACCAAGCGGGCAUGACAGAAACCCUGGACUGCUUUCAGUCUGAGUGGGCGGAGAUGAGGGACAAAGGGCUCGUGGACGCAGCGCGGUUCGGCGCGGUACCGAGCGUGUACGCUGAAAACCAGCGCUUGGCCAGAGAGCUGAGGCGCGCGGAGCGGGAGAGGGAGGAGCGCGAGCGGGCCGCGGCCGCAGCCGCGCGGGCCGCGCGGAGGGUGCAGAAAGCCCGAGACCUCCAUCGGAUGCAGUGCGCGCGUGUCCUGCAGGAGAGGAACCGGCUCGUCGAGGAGCUGAGGAGGCUCAAGGCGCAGUGCGACGACCACGAGCCCGCGGUGAGGCGCAUGAACGAAAAGCACCGAGCGCUUUUAAAGCAGACCACGCCGGCGACUUUGGAGACGGACGAGGCCGCAGCGCAGAGCAGCUGUCAGUCAGCCGAGCGCAGCGCCCUCCUCUGCGAGGAUCCAGCAACUCCCACAGCUGCCGACCGCCCAAGGAGCUGCACUGGUGUGCAGUGAAGACAGAUGCCUAUUAAAAUGAAUACCGCACACUCA